AUGAAAACCAGGGAGAAUGUGGAAAAUGAAUAUUCAUGUGGCUAAAAAGGAUUGAAUUCAGCUUGGAUUCUUUCUUGAUUCUUCCACAGCCUGCCCUGUAGAGACAUCAGCAAAUCACUCAACAACAACUUGUUUCUUCAUUUAUAAACCAGCAAUUUCUGUCUCCCAGAGAGGUGCAAGGUUAGCUGAGGCAAAGCUGAUAAAAUCUAGAUGGAAAAUGCUGCAGAAAGUUUCGUUGCACUGCACUGACUGAGCUUCCCCUGAGUGUGGUGAUGAGUUCUGCAGGACAACGCUGCUCACUGACAGUUCUCAGCGCUGACAUGUUGGAGGAAGAUAACGAUGAGAUCUGCUGGAAUAACCUGGAGAACUUCCGAGUGAAGCUGAUCUCCGUGAUCGACCCUUCCCGGAUAACCCCCUACCUCCGGCAGUGCAAAGUGCUCAGCCCUGACGAUGAGGAGCAGGUCCUCAACGACCCCAGCCUGGUCAUGCGCAAACGGAAGGCAGGUGUUCUUCUGGACAUUCUUCAGCGAACAGGACACAAGGGCUUUGAGGCCUUUAUGGAGAGUCUUGAGCUUUAUUAUCCACAGCUGUAUAGGAAAAUAACUGGCAAGGAGCCCAGCAGGGUUUUCUCUAUGAUUAUAGACACUGCUGGGGAAUCAGGCCUGAGCCAGGUGCUGAUGAACGAGAUCAUGAAGCUGCAGAGCGCGGUGCAGGAGGAGCGGCGCAGGGCCCAGGAGCUCACGGUGUGGCUGCACAGCAAGGAGGACACCAUCAGGGAGAUGUGGGUGAGGGACAGCCUGCUCCGAAAGCACCAGGAGCGGGCCCAGAGGAUGAAGGAGGAGAGGGACAGCCUGAGCAGGGAGCUGAAGAAGUGCAAGGAUGAGAACUACAACCUGGCCAUGAGCUACGCCAAGCAGAGUGAAGAGAAGAGCACGGCCCUCAUGAAGAACAGGGACCUGAUCCUAGAGAUUGACCACUUGAAGCACAGCCUCAUGAAGGCUGAGGAUGACUGCAAGCUGGAGAGAAAGCACACCAUGAAGCUCAAACACGCCAUAGAGCAGCGCCCCAGCCACGAGGUGGUGUGGGAGAUCCAGCAGGAGAAGGAGCUGCUCUUGGCCAAGAACCAGGAGCUGGAGAACACUCUCCAGGUUGCCAGGGAACAGAAUUUGGAGAAGAGCCUCUCCAAGGAGACUCUGGAGAGUGACUGCAGGCAGAUACUGGAGGAACGGCGGGAGCUGGUGGACACCAUUUACAGCCUGCGCAAGGAGCUGCGCCGAGCCAGGGCGCUCCAGGACAAAUAUGCAGAGGAAAAAGAGAUGCUUGAGCUGCAGUGCACAUCCCUGAGGAAGGACUCCCAGAUGUAUAAGAAACGGAUUGAAGCUGUUCUGCAGCAGAUGGAGGAAGUGGCUGCAGAAAGAGACCAGGCUCUCCUGACCCGGGAGCAGUUCCACAUGCAGUACUCCAAGAACCUGGUGGAGAGAGACGCUCACCGCAAGCAGAUCCGGGAGCUGGGGGAGAGAUGUGACGAGAUGCAGCUGCAGCUCUUCCAGAAGGAGAGCCAGCUGCUGGCCACUGAGGCCAAGCUGAAAAGGUUGCAACUGGAGCUGCCCACCCCGACCUCUGACCUGGAUGAUACCUCCUCCAGAGAUUCCCAGGAACUCACCCUUCACAGUCACCUGGACGAAGAUGCACAGCCCACUAAAAAAGAUUGCCCUGAAGGACCAAACCAGCAGCUGAGCCCUGGAGAAGACAAUCUGCCCCCAAAGUCACUCAGUGAGUGUGGCUUGGCCAAUGAGGAACUGGCAGAAAAGGAGAGGAAGAGGAUGAAGGACUGCUUUGAGCGCUACCGAAGAAAAAGAGCCAUGAGGAGGGUGCCAAAGGACCGGCACCACGAGGCCGACUGGGAGAACACCACAGGCAGUGACAACACCGACACCGAGGGCUCCUGAGGGAGGGACAACAGGGACACCAUCCGCUCCUGAGAGAGGAAAACAGGGACACUGAGGGCUCCUGAGGGAGGGACAACGGGGACACUGAGGGCUCUGGAACGAGGGACAACAGGGACACCGAAGUCUCCUGAGAGAUGAAAACAGGGACACCAUCAGCUCCUGAGAGAGGGACAACAGGGACACUGAGGGUUCUGGAAUGAGGGACAAUGGGGACACCAUCAGCUCCUGAAGGAGGGACAACACUGGCAUUGAGGUUUCCUGAGUGCAGGAACCAACCUGGGAGGAAAACCCAGCCUGUGCUGGGGUGGCUGUGCCUCUGACUUUCACUCUCUAUGGACUAUUUAGAUUUUAAGACCAUCCAACCCAACAUUCACGAAAAGUUAACAUGCGAAAGGCUAAUGCGUGCCAAAGGUUGGACUCCGGGAUCUCAGGGGUCUUUUCCAACCUCGUUGAUUCUGUGUUACCGGACACUAUUGUUUGCAUCUGAAGCGCCCUCAUCCAUCUCUCUUAUAGGUUAAUAAACACGAUUAAAUAUUGCGUGUGCGACAGUGCCCGGGACUGAGCUGCCGGUUAAUGA